AUGAAUGCCUGUGCUUUUCUUUUGAUUCUGGCCGUCCAGAUUCACGCAGACGGCAUCGAAGGACCAACAGCUGGUUGCACCUUUGAGGAGGACUCUGACCCAAGCCUGUGUGAAUUCAGUCAAGGGGAGGAGGAUGACUUUGAUUGGCAGCUCUUCCGUGCCCACACCUCGCCUCACGCCUCGUCUGAUCUCCUGCGUGGUUCCUACAUGAUGGUGAACUCCUCGCAGCACACAGCGGGACAGAGGGCUCAGCUCUUGCUCCAGACGCUGAGUGAGAACGACACGCACUGCGUUCAGUUCAGCUAUUUCCUGUACAGCCGUGAUGGCCACAGCCCCGGGACGCUGCGCGUGUACGUGCGUGUGAACGGCGGACCGCUGGGCAUCCCCGUGUGGAACGCUUCGGGAUCUCACGGCCGCCAGUGGCACCAAGUGGAGCUGGCUGUCAGCACUUUCUGGCCCAACGAAUACCAGGUACUACUAGAGGCCACUGUCUCCAAGGAGCGACGAGGUUACAUCGCUGUGGAUGACAUCCUACUGCUGAACUAUCCCUGCUACAAAGCUCCUCACUUCUCUCGUCUUGGAGAUGUGGAGGUCAACGCAGGACAGAAUGCCACUUUCCAGUGCGUGGCAGCCGGACGGGCAUCAGAAGCAGAGAGGUUUUUACUGGAGAGACAAAAUGGAGAGGUGAUCUCAACUGCCUCGGUCAAGCACCUUGGCCGCAGUCGCUUUGUGGUGUCCUUCCAGCUGGAUGAUGUCCAAAGGCCAGAGCAAGACCUGUAUCGGUGUGUCACGCAGUCUUCCCGAGGGUCUGGAGUGUCCAACUUCGCUGAGCUCAUCGUCAAAGUUCCCCCUUCUCCCAUUGCUCCACCUCAGCUUCUGAGAGCUGGCUCCACCUAUCUCAUCAUCCAGCUCAACACCAACUCUAUCCUGGGUGAUGGCCCUAUCAUCCGUAGGGAGAUUGAGUAUCGUGCGAGUCAGUCCCCCUGGUCUGAGAUCAAUGUGGUGAACAUGGUCACCUACAAGCUGUGGCACCUGGACCCCGACACUGAGUACCAUAUCAGCGUACUACUCACUCGACCCGGAGAAGGUGGUACCGGACCCCCAGGUCCCCCGCUCAUCAGCAGAACCAAAUGUGCUGAGCCCAUGCGGGCAUUGCGAGGUCUGAGAGCUUCAGAGAUCCAGUCACGUCAACUGACGUUGCAGUGGGAGACUCUGGCCUUUAAUCUGACACGCUGCCACACCUACUCUGUGUCCUUGUGCUAUCGCUAUGCCACAGCAGGGGGCGGCGACGGGCACAACACCACUGUGAGGGAGUGCCUAGCAGUGGAGCAUAAUGCUUCUCGUUUCACACUGAGAGAUCUACCCCCCUAUCAUACCAUCCAUGUGCGCCUGGCCCUCACUAACACGGAGGGGAAGAAGGAGGGUCGAGAGGUCACCUUCCAAACAGAGGAAGACAUUCCUGGUGGCAUUGCUGCUGAGUCUUUGACCUUCACUCCUCUGGAAGACAUGAUCUUUCUGAAGUGGGAGGAGCCACUAGAACCCAAUGGUCUUAUUACACAAUAUGAGAUUAGCUACCAGAGCAUUGAGUCAUCUGACCCUGGCAUCAACGUUCCUGGCCCACGCCGCACAGUCUCCAAACUGCGUAACGAGACCUACCACAUGUUUUCCAACCUGCACCCAGGAACCACCUAUCUCAUCUCUGUCCGCGCACGCACAGCCAAGGGCUUUGGACAGACUGCCCUCACAGAGAUCACCACCAACAUCUCUGCUCCUACAUUUGACUAUGGGGACAUGCCCUCUCCACUGAGUGAAACAGAGAACACUAUCACUGUUCUACUGCGUCCCGCCCAGGGAAGAGGAGCCCCUGUCAGUGCAUAUCAGGUUGUGGUGGAGGAGGAGACAGGAAGGAAGGUGAAAAGAGAGUUGGGUCCCCAGGAGUGUUUUCCAGUGCCUACGUCACACGGUGAAGCCCAGGCCAGAGGAGCUCUCCAUUACUACACAGCUGAACUUCCUCCCAGCAGCCUGCCCGAGGCCGCACCGUUUACCGUGGGCGACAACCACACCUACAACGGCUACUGGAACCCGCCUCUCGACCCACGAAAAAAUUACCUCAUCUACUUCCAGGCCAUGAGCAACUUCAGAGGGGAGACCAGGAUAAAUUGCAUCCGUAUUGCCCGUAAAGCGGCGUGUAAGGACCACAGGCGUGCCCUGGAGGUGUCUCAACGCUCAGAAGAGAUGGGGCUGAUUCUGGGAGUGUGUGCUGGUGGACUGGUGGUUCUCAUUCUUCUGCUGGGAGCCAUCAUCAUCAUCAUAAAGAAAGGAAGGGACUACUAUUCUUACUCUUACUAUCCCAGGAAGCCGGUGAACAUGAAUAAGACACCUAUCACAUACAGGCAGGAGAAGACUCAUAUGAUGGGCUCAAUGGAGCGCAGCUUCACUGACCAGAGCACUCUACAGGAGGAUGAACGCAUGGCCCUGUCCUUUAUGGAUGCCCACACCUGCAGCACACGCAGUGAGCCGCGGAGCUCCAUGAAUGAGUCUAGCAGUCUUCUUGGAGGGUCCCCGCGACGGCAGUGCGGGCGAAAAGGUUCGCCCUACCACACCGGCCAGCUCCACCCCGCUGUACGCGUGGCUGACCUGCUCCAACACAUCAACCAGAUGAAAACAGCUGAGGGCUACGGCUUCAAACAAGAAUAUGAGAGCUUCUUUGAAGGUUGGGAUGUCACCAAGACAAAAGAUAAGACCAAGGGAAGGCAUGACACACUGAUGGGCUACGAUCGCCACAGAGUGAAACUGCAUCCGCUGCUUGGGGAUCCCAAUUCUGACUACAUCAAUGCCAAUUACAUCGAUAUUCGGAUAAACAGGGAAGGCUACCAUCGAUCCAACCACUUCAUCGCCACUCAGGGGCCUAAACAGGAGACGGUGUAUGACUUCUGGAGAAUGGUGUGGCAAGAGAAUUGUUUCAGCAUUGUCAUGAUCACCAAACUCGUGGAGGUGGGCAGGGUGAAAUGUUGUAAAUAUUGGCCUGAUAACAGCGAAAUGUACGGAGACAUUAAGAUCACUCUGCUGAAAACAGAGAGCCUAGCCGAAUACACCAUUCGCACCUUCGCCCUGGAGAGGAGAGGCUAUUCUGCCAAACACGAAGUCCGGCAGUUCCACUUCACAUCCUGGCCGGAGCACGGGGUGCCCUACCAUGCCACGGGCCUGCUGGCUUUCAUCCGCCGGGUCAAAGCCUCCACACCACCAGACGCCGGUCCCGUGGUGGUCCACUGCAGUGCGGGGGCAGGCCGGACUGGCUGCUACAUUGUGCUGGAUGUAAUGUUGGACAUGGCUGAGUGUGAAGGUGUGGUGGACAUCUACAACUGUGUCAAAACACUCUGCUCACGACGCAUCAACAUGAUACAGACAGAGGAGCAGUACAUAUUCAUUCACGAUGCCAUUCUGGAGGCUUGUCUGUGUGGAGAAACAGCUAUCCCAGUGAAUGAGUUUGCUCUCACCUAUAAAGACAUGCUGAGAGUGGAUUCCCAAAGCAACUCCUCUCAGCUGCGGGAAGAGUUUCAGACUCUGAACUCAGUCACCCCUCACUUAGACGUGGAAGAGUGCAGCAUCGCUCUGUUGCCGAGGAACCGAGAAAAGAACCGCAGCAUGGAUGUUCUGCCGCCAGACCGUGCCCUGGCUUUCCUGGUAACCACAGAGGGCGAAAGCAACAACUACAUCAACGCUGCGCUCACGGACAGUUUUCACCGGCCUGCCGCGUUCAUAGUGACCCCGCAUCCUCUACCAGGGACCACAGCUGACUUCUGGAGGCUGGUCUUUGAUUACGGCUGCACCUCUGUGGUCAUGCUGAACCAACUCAACCAGUCGAACUCUGCUUGGCCUUGCGUGCAGUAUUGGCCGGAGCCUGGGAUGCAGCAGUACGGGCCCAUGCAGGUCGAGUUCCUCUCCAUGUCUGCUGACGAUGACGUUAUCACCCGGUUGUUCCGGGUCCAAAAUGUCACGCGGCUCCAGGAGGGUCAGCUGGUAAUGUGCCAAUUCCAAUUCUUACGCUGGUCGGCGUAUCGCGAUGUGCCUGACUCCAAAAAGGCCUUUCUCAACCUGCUGGCGCACGUGCAAAAAUGGCAGAGGGAGUGUGGAGAAGGCCGCACCAUCGUCCAUUGCCUGAACGGUGGAGGACGCAGUGGGACUUUCUGUGCCAGCACAAUUCUGCUGGAGAUGAUCCAGUCUCAGAACAUGGUGGACGUCUUUUACGCUGUCAAAACACUGCGCAACUCCAAACCCAACAUGGUAGAAUCCCUGGAGCAGUAUCGGUUCUGCUAUGACCUGGUGCUGGAGUAUCUGGAGUGUAUGGAAGUGAGAUAG